CCGGAGUAUGUCUUUAACUUCAUAUCGUAACCUGCUACGACAAAGUAACUUACACUCGUAGCUGUAUUGAAGUGGUGUGUUUUUAGGGAAUCUCAUCAUUCUUCACUACAAAGAAUGCAAAAGUCUCCUUCCGUUUUGUGAUCCCCCAACCAGGAUAUUGAUUAACUCCCCCUAGCGGAAGUGCCUGCAGCUCAAUAAACUACAUCGUUCGUUUGAUCAGAGUGAAUUUGUGAAAGUUGUUUCCACCGGGAAGGAGCUGCCUGGGAAUACACUGUCGACAGCUUUUCUCGCAUUUCUUCAGGAGAAAUGAGGCGGAAAGAAAAACGUCUACUGCAGUUCGCAGGGUUGCUUAUAGCGGCUCUUCUUUUCCUGCCGAACGUUGGUCUGUGGUCAUUGUAUCGAGAUCGAGUCUUUGAGAACUCGCCAGAAAUAGUGGAGGGACCGGGUGGCAUCCUUCAAAUACAGGGAUUGAACGUCAGGCCCCGGAAUAAUGCCCAGCUGGGGCGGGACGGCAUGCGGAGGAAAGACUGGCACGACUACGAUGCAAUUAGGAGAGACGCUACUCGCUCUGGUAACGGCGAGCAGGGGAAGCCUUUUCCGCUGACCGACGCUGACCGGGUAGACCAGGCCUACAGGGAGAAUGGGUUCAACAUCUACGUUAGCGAUAGGAUCUCCCUCAAUCGCUCUGUCGCAGACAUCCGGCACCCAAACUGUAAACAGAAGCUGUAUGCGGUGAAGUUGCCCAACACCAGCAUCAUCAUACCAUUCCACAACGAGGGCUGGUCAUCCCUGCUCAGGACUGUACACAGCGUGCUCAACCGGUCCCCCCCUGAGCUCAUUGCUGAGGUCAUACUGGUGGACGACUUCAGCGACAAAGAGCACCUUAAGGCGUCUCUGGAGGAGUACAUGGUGCGGAUGCCCAAGGUGAGGAUCUUGCGCACCAAGAAGAGAGAGGGGCUCAUCAGGACACGUCUGCUGGGGGCGGCAGCCGCCAAGGGAGAGGUCAUCACUUUCCUCGACUCGCACUGUGAAGCCAACGUCAACUGGCUGCCCCCACUGCUGGACCGUAUCGCCACAAACAGGAAGUCCAUUGUCUGUCCGAUGAUCGACGUGAUCGACCAUGACAACUUUGGUUAUGAGACACAGGCCGGUGACGCCAUGCGAGGAGCAUUUGACUGGGAGAUGUACUACAAACGCAUCCCCAUCCCCUCUGAGCUGUCAAAAGAGGACUCUAGCGAACCCUUCGAGUCUCCUGUGAUGGCUGGUGGACUCUUCGCCGUGGACAGAAAGUGGUUCUGGGAGUUGGGAGGAUAUGACACAGGACUGGAGAUCUGGGGAGGAGAGCAGUAUGAGAUCUCUUUCAAGGUGUGGAUGUGUGGUGGGCGUAUGGAGGACAUCCCAUGCUCCAGGGUGGGUCACAUCUACAGGAAGUAUGUUCCCUACAAGGUCCCCGGCGGGGUCAGCCUGGCCAGAAACCUAAAGCGAGUGGCAGAGGUGUGGAUGGAUGAGUAUGCUGAAUAUAUCUACCAGCGAAGGCCAGAGUACAGGCACCUGUCAGCAGGAGACAUGACUGUGCAGAAGGACUUGAGGAGCAGCCUCAACUGUAAGAGCUUCAAGUGGUUCAUGACAGAGGUGGCCUGGGACCUGCCCAAGCACUACCCACCUGUGGAGCCCCCUGCUGCCGCCUGGGGAGAGCUGCGCAACGUAGGCAGUGGCAUGUGCAUGGAGAAUAAACACUUUUCGUCUGGGUCGCCCAUCCGCCUGGAGACAUGUCUUAAGGGGCGGGGCGAGGCUGGGUGGAGCCAUGGACAGGUGUUCACGUUUGGCUGGAGGGAGGACAUCCGCGUGGGGGACCCCAUGCACACUAAGAAGGUGUGCUUUGAUGCCAUCUCCCACAACAGCCCCGUCACCCUGUAUGACUGCCACGGCAUGAAGGGCAACCAGCUGUGGCGCUACAGGAAGGAUAAAAGUUUAUACCACCACAUCAGUAACAGCUGUAUCGACAGCAACCCCACAGAGAGAAAGGUGUUUAUGAACAUGUGUGACCCCAGCGUCCCCAGCCAGCAGUGGGUGUUUGAGAAGACCAACACCACAGUGCUGGAGACAUUCAACCGCAGUAACAACUGAGACCAGUAGGGGUCAGCACUGAACCUGAAUACCACUCACCCAGGGACUGUGUUGUUUUACUAAGACAGAAGUGGGCUGUUGUUUCUCUAAAAGGGUCUGGGGGGGAAAGGGGGGGGGGGGGGUAGCAUUGGCAAGCCAGUCUAGACACAUCAGUUAUUGGGAGAUGGAGAAAGUAUGGCGCCUGAGAGGCUCGCUCUCUGUGGUGGCGGGGACUUCCUGCGUCAAUGGGAUUAGGUCUGGCACGGCCAUUCUGAGGUUGCCCGUCUCACUUACUUAUUCACGCUCCGCUCUGCUUCUCCGUGCAUCUCCCAGGUGUCUCUGCCCAUAUGUCCAUCUCCAUCACCCUGCGUGAGUGCGCCUCUUACUCAGUCACUUUUUCCAUUCUCCUGAUUUGGAGCCACUGCUCUGACAGCCCCCCUGAGACUCUCGCUGAACCAAACCCAGACUGACACUUGGGUAAAGCCAGCCAGAAACAACCACUCUCUGCAAAGCGCCGUGUUGAUUCUUGUUUUUGUUUUCUUGCUGUGCUCACUUGGCUAGCAGUUUCUCAUUCUUGGUUUCCUCUUUAUUGCGUUGAUCAAAAGUGGAGUUGGGCAAACUGUCCAAAUGUAGAAGGGAAAGAAAAGCCCCCCAUCUUUUAAGAAGUACAUUUUUGGAUUUGAAUGAAUAAUACUAUAGUAGCAGCACUUUGUCUAUUCGAAGAGCUGUGAUUUGAUGCCAAUGAUGGAUCUCUUCCAGGUGAUAUGUCCAGAGAGGGAACUGUAAGGGCUCUAACUAUUAUCCCUCUGGGAUAAUCCCAGGCAGUCUCUGGAACGACCUCAUUACGAAAACACUAAACCGUGUGGCAGAAAAACAUACUGAGGUCAGCAGCACUGAGACAGUAGAGAGACCUUGGUGGCUUCCCAAACUCAUCAGGAGUGUCUCUAGACUGGUUUGCACAGGGGGAGGGGUUGGUGAUGGGUAUUAUAGGUGUUUUAAAUGCAUUAAGCACUUGCAAUGAUAAACUUGAAUGACAAUCUUAGUGCCUUGCUGGAUGAGAGAAAAAGUAUACAGCCUGGUCUGACUUGGCAUGGCCUGGUGCCCUAUUUCAGUCCUCCAACUUCUCCACUGUCUCAGACUGACUGAGAUAGUGGAGAGGCAGGCCAUCUGAGGUGACACUGGCUCUUAACCAUGGAUGGGUUUCUGCAACACUUAUGUAUAUGUAAUGAUAGUGAAUAGUUGAAGAGACUAGCAAACUAUGUGUUCUCCUGCCUUUAAAAGUGAACAGCUUCCCUGCAAAGACCCUGUUUAUGUUUGUGACAUGUCACCAUCAUGCCAUGUUGUUAUCAUCAAAACCCAGUUGGACAUGCAAGCAUUCAUUAAUAUUGAUUUCCUUUGUUUAGGUUUUGUCGCGUUAUUACUUUCUCAGCGUUUCACAUUUUCUUUAAGUGUUUUGUCUUCGUUUAAUGCAAAGUUUUGACUUGGAUGUUGUUCAGAAUGACUGCUUACAUUGCCUGCUGUGUAGUUAAGUUUUUGUUCCCCUCUUCUCCUCAGGAAUAAUUCCAAAGUAGAGUAUGUAAUAUGCUUGAUGCAAAGAUCACACCCUUCCUUAAUCUAACCAUCUUCCUUACAUUUUCAGAAAUCGAUAUGAAUCCAGUACACUAGUAUGUGUUGUAGAUUUUAACUGUUGGUCAGCAGUUUCAACUAAAAGUGUUCCUUCCAUGCUUUGUGGAGACAAUUUGGAGAAGUUCUAUAAGAGAAAAUCUACGUGGCACAUUGGUAAGAGAUGCUGCACGAUAUGGCUUUGUUCAACUUUACUUAUGAAGGGUCUUUAUUGCAAAAUCGUGUAAUAAUGUUGUAUAUGUCCCUUCUUAUUAAACUGAAAUGUAGGACUGGCUGGGGAAUGCAAAAUUGCUCACUUUCUUUGGUUUCACUUUCUAUAAAUGUUCAUAGUUUUACCCAGGCAAGUAAGCAGCAUGUAUGGAAAACCAAAGCUGUUCAAAACACUUUUUUUGAGGACAUUGAACAAGUUUUUUUUUUGUUUGUUAUUUGUUUUUUAUCCCUGUCUUUGAGUUUUGCGUGUUCUUUUUGCAAUCCAAAAUAUAGAAUGUCUGGCUAUUCCAGCUAAAUAGAUUUCACAAUUAUGCUAACAUAAAUAUUAUAUCUUUGCUAGUUGAUGAUUAUAUCUGUGCUAGUUGAUGAAUUGUCCCUUCUCUUUUACACUAAUAUUAUUAGUGAAGUAGCAAAAUAACUUCACAUGGUUUAAAUUACUAUAAUUGAACUAUGGCUGGAAUUCAAUCAAACCGUCACUGCGGGGAGAAGAAAUGAGACCAUGUCCAUUGAUGGAAACUUUAAAACCCCCAUUUUGAUUUAUGCUUUUUCUCUUGUGAUACAUUGAUCUAUGUUCUCCUAAAAUGCUCCACCAGACAGUCCAGGACUGCAAUGCCAGAAUGGAUCGAUCGAAACAUGUUUACUUUAAAGCAUUGGCGUUUAUGGAGUAAUGCUAUGUUUGUGUCUUGAGGGAGUAAACAGGGUUGUUGUACCUGUUGACGAAUGAUCAUCUUGCAAAGGUGGUAAGACUCCCCCCAAAUCCAUGGCAGUUUAUUGAAUACUUAGUAGGCUGUUUAGAACAAGGAUAUUUUCAGUACAUUGACCCUGUCCAUUGCACAUGUAAAGAGCAUUUUAUUUUGAUUAUGUCAUGAUUUAUAACUUGGGUUGGAAGUCGUAAAAAAAAAUGUAAUUGUGGUUUUAAGCGACAUUUUAUACAGUGCAAUUUUUUCAUGAUCUUGUGUUGGAAUUCAAUAUUGAGCUAAAAUGUGAAGACAAUACUACUUUUUUUAAAUAAAAGUGUGUAAUGUUUAAGACCAUUGUUGGUCAUUCACACAAUGCUAUGUACAUGUGUAUGCAAUUUUUAUUUGUAGGGAAGUGUACAUUUUGUAUCAUGAAUAUCCAAUAUUUUUUUCUACUGACAUAAUGACUGUAAAAGUGUAUUUAGGUGUUUUAAAACACUGUGUACAACUAAACUGGAAUUGUGUAAUAUUUUUUGCUGAAAUUGUAAAAUAAAUGUUUCUAUAUUUGAA